AUGGGAAAUGCACAGUCUUCUCCCGCUGGAAAGCCGCAGAACAAGCUCUCCAAGCCAAGGACAAACAGCUCGCCGAACAAUAUUCUCGCGCCCUCGGCGAAGCCCUCCCCCGUAUCCUCUGUGCGCUCCACGCCAGAACGAGCCUUGGAUGAGAAGGAUGAGGAACUGGGUAUUACACACCAAGGGACCAGAGAUGAGCCCAGCAACGAAAGUGAAAUGCUUCAGUCGCGUCGGCAAAGUAUCGCUCCCUGUGGAGACGAGGACUCUGUCUGCAUCAGCCCUGUGGAGAUCAUGAACGAUCCACUAGAGAGUGCACAAAUUUCUGAAUUAAGUCUUAUUGCGCGACGCAAUUCAAUGCCUCCCCGCAUCGUCCAAGCUAGGACAUCCACCGCGUUAUUGAGAGGAAGCAUUGGUGAUUUUCCUUACUCUUACAAGCUGCCACUUCCAGAGGGUAUUGAUGAGUCUACUCGCCUGUUCAGGGAGAUGAGAACUAAGCCGUCAGACGAUGAGCUUACGACUAUGCUGUCAGAGGACGAGAGGAGAAGGAGCGCUUCGAUGUCGCCAAGCCGGCGCAAUUCUCUUCGAACUCCUGGAAUUGCCACACGCGACUGUAUCGAUGAUAUAUUGCGGAAGCAGCCCCCCGUUCCAGAGCUUCCUCUGUCAAUGAAAUCCAAAACGCCGAUCCAAUCUUCAACCCAGGCUUCUAUCAACGCACUCGACCUUGCCGAACCAAUUGUCUUUUCCGCCUCUGGUAAAGACACGCCUUGUGGCACUGAGUAUUCUCAUCUGGGUGGCUUGCGCCCGAGGACUCUAUUCGUCACGAAUGGUGCUGCAUCACCCGACUCUGGCAGCCAAACUCCACGCAGAUUUGUGUCCACUGAGGUCAAAGGAGAUCAACGCGAUAACCAUGCUCCUCACUUUGAAAGUCCAUUGAAGGCUGUUACCGGAUCGCCUUCUGGCGGCAUUGACAAUUCCAAGGUUGCAUCAAAACGGCUCAUUGAGCGAUUGUCGUCCUUGGAGAAUCAGCAGUCAUGUGCCACGCCUCAGGGUCGACCUUCAGCCCCUACGGCAGAGAGUCGAUCAGCUGGCAAGCAGAACGGCAAGAGCGCGGAAGAGCAAUCGCUUUUCCGUGCUGACGCAUUGCAAGCGCUCGAGGAUGUAAUGAAUGGGUCGCGGCCUUCGUCCGCGGCACCACUCAACCAGGCUGAUGCCCCGCAUGCUAUUGUGCGAGGUAGGCGACUGGUGGAUGUGCCGAAUCGCACUGACAGUGGAUAUGGGUCACAACUGUCGCUUCUGUCAAUGGAGCGUGAGGCCAAAACAGCAUCUCCUUCCAAUGAAAUGCUCACGGUCAUGAAAGCGCCGUCACGAGCACCGCCAUCUCCCCCCGUUGACGUUUCACCUACUUUCGGACACGAUUCAGCUGUCGACGCUGCACCAAGUGAAAGACCAGGCCAAGCUAUCGUAUCCCGCGAAGCACAAGGCCGAAUCGUGGCAGCAGCAGCCGCUCAUAUGGCACGAGAGGUAUCGGAGGAAAACUACAGCCAGCAGCAAGUGCAAAAUGUGCCACCGCUGCUCAAAGCCCAAGACAUCAUUCCGACUAGCGAUGUCUUGCCUACCCCUGCUGAAAGUCUUCACAUCCCGCCUGUGCCGUCGGAUCUUGCGCUGAAGCAUAAAGAAAGGCUGAAGCGGUACCCGACAUCGAACCAUCUUCCACACACGUUCCCAAGCCUGGACUAUUCUGGAUCAAAGGAAAAUUUCAUCAAUCUUGCGCCUGUCGCUGACCCGCUUACUUUCCCUUCGCCGUCCAGCGAUGCAAAGCGCCCUGGGCUCAAAAAGUCAAAGAGCCUGUUCAGUUUCCACCGCAGACAAAAGUCGACAGACGGCCAGGUCUCCGAGCCAAAGUCCCGGAAAAAGAAUCCUCAGCAGGACCCUGUCACUGGGAUCUCUGAUUUUGGAACGGUGGCUCGCUCUCUUGGUCAUUCUCCCUAUGACAUUGCCAUGUCUGGUCCUAUGCCGAGACCGCGCCUCACCGAUGCUAAUCGGGCACAAUCGGCCUUGACCCCAUUCCGAAUUAGCACUGCUAUGCCCCGCCAAAAGCGAGUCAAUGGUAUGACCCAAGAGGCAGCGGCUGCAGUGUCACAAGGGAAGGCCAAUGUUGCGAGAAGUAAAAGCUUUUCAAGACCCCGGAGCAUCCACGGUGAUGCUGACAGCUGGAGCUCUCCUUCCCCCGUCAGCAGCGCUCCAGUGCCUAGGCCCGUGAGCAUGGCCGCUGCUGUUUUCCCACCUGUCAGUGCUGCUGCAGAUGCUCCGCCGGUGCCAGCUCUGCCAGCGGCAUCAGCUCUGCCGAAAGCUGCACACGCACCAUUACCCGUGAGCAUGUCUGCUGAGCCAAGCCCAACGAGCUCAACAAGCACCUUGCAUCUGAUGCCUCCGGCGGCACUCCGUUCCAUCAAGCGGCCUACCAGCAUGUAUGCUGGAAUUCCCACCGUUUCAAAGUCGCCGGCACCCUCUGCGAAUUCUGCACGGCCAAAAUUGUCCAGGCCGAAUAGCAUGUAUGCUGGGAUUCCAACAGUUCCAGAAUUAUCGGUACCCUCUGAGGAUUCUGUACCCCCUAUGACUUCUGCACGGCCAAAGCUGCCUAGGCCUAAGAGCAUGGUUGAGCCGAGCACGACAAGCACAACAAGCACCUUACAUUUGAUGCCCCCGGCAGCACGCCGUUCCGUCAAGAGGCCUACCAGCAUGUAUGCUGGAAUUCCAACCGUUUCAAAUCCCUCGGCAACCUCAUUGAAUCCUGCACGGCCCGCACAGAAGGUUGUUGCAAAUCCCACACCGCAGGACAAAGCCGCAGCGCCUUUACGGCGCGCUAGUCCUGCGUUGAACCGGAGAAGCUAUCAUGGUCGUACCGGUUCUGCUGCUUCUUCUUCUUCUUCUGCUGUCACUGUUGCUCCUGCUACUCCUGCUACUCCUGCUGCUGCUCCUGCCGCUCCUGCGGUCAUUCCAAGAUCCCAAACACCCGGCCAGCAACGCGUGCAGGCUAGAGGGCUUAUCAAUGUCGGCGACCGACCGCAUUCAAUGAUAGAAGCAAGCACUCGGUCCGGGCCAGGGGAGCACGUCCUGGGCCGAUAUGAAGGCGGCUUACACUACGGCUACGAACCUGGCCGUGGCAUUGGCGGUAGCGCCGGCACUCGCGGCCUUCGCACAAGCGCCUCGCGCAAGAGCAUGUACUGGGCCACGGGCUACGGGAUUGAUCUCAGCGACGUGCCGGUUUUCGUUGAGCUUCCUGUGUCUGCGCAAUGA